AUGAAAAAAGAAUCCAAGUAUUAUUUAGGAAGUUUACUAGCACCUUACUAUUAUGAAUCUAAUUCCUAUAUUGAAUUAGCUCCUAAUGAUAAAGCAUUUCUUUGUCCACAAAUGAUUGAUUUUAGUAAUCCUAUUUGUUCAUUAAAAAAUGAAAAUAUAUCAACAUACAUUGUUACUAAAACUAUGAAUUUCAAAUAGUCAACAUUGGUUCUUAAAUAAAAAAAAAUUGGUAAACAAAUACAUUACAAACCAUUAUAAAUUCAUGGAAGAAUUUCUCAUUGUUAUGAUGAAAUAUGGUGGUUUUUAUUAACAAUAGAUUAUGUUAAGGUAAUUGCAAGAUAAGUCAAUUUCAAAUAUCCAGAUAAUUUAAGAUAAAUACGAUUGGAUGUCUAUUUAAAAUAGAAUGCAUUAAAUGAUUAAUUUGAUAUAUCUAAAUUCAAUUAAAAAGCAUUCUAAGAUGGUUUUGUAAACAGAGAAAGAUUUUCAUAUGCUGAAUCAGAAGAAGAUCUCAAUGUAGAUUUAUAAUACUUUGCUCGUUUAUCACUUUUACUAUUAUUUGAUUUAUUAAAUCUUUAAAGAACAAUACCAGCAAUGAUCAAAUCAGAUAAGUAUGUUAAGAUAUUUUUUACUUAAUUGGAGAAAUUUCAUUCACUUCAGAUGGGAUAACCUCUUAGACUUGAUUUAACAUUCAAAGAUUUUGCAAGAGUAAUCAUUACAAACAAUGAAUAUUAUAAAAAGUCAUUGUAAAAUUCAGCAUUUUCUAAUAAAUUAUAUUCUCUUAAAGACUUUAAGAGUUCCUGUUUAUUUUUAUCAAAAAAUAAAUAUUAUACUAAUGAAGAAACAUAAUUUACACCUAUUCAAUAAGAAGUACCUAUUUAUUAGAAUGUUUAUUUUAAAAAAUACAUGAAUACUUUAUUACUUGAAAUAUAGAAGUUUAUAUCUACAUCUACUAAACAUGUACCUGAACACAAAUAAAAGAAUUAUUAAAAGUAUUGUUUUGAAUUAUUGUUUCUAAAAUUGAAUUGUACUUAUCAAUCUUUAUGUUAAGGAUUUCAUAAUCAUUAACCAAGCAUUGAUAAACUUAAUGAAUUGAGAUAUAAGGUUGAUAAUAUUGAAUAAUUGAGUAUAAAGACAUUUCUAUCACUUAAUGCUGAGAAUUCAUCCUUAUAUAAAGAGAUUUAAAAUCCAUUUAUUUAAGUUAUUGUAGGAGGUAUAAAUCAUAAGAAAGACAAAGAAUAUUUUGAAUUAUAGAUUUCUUCAGGGAAUUUAUGUGAUUGUUAAAAAUAUUAGUAAUCAUUAAAAUAAUUGGAAAUCACUAGAAGAGAAUAAGUAUAAAAAAUGAUAGAUUAUUGUACAGGUAAAUUAAAAGAGUCUGAAGAAAUAAAUGAAAUUAAUUCAUUUUUAAAUAGUAAAGAUUAAGAAAUAUAUGAACAUUCUAAACCAAAAACUAUGGUUUGUGAAUUAAAACAACAUUAGAAAUAAGCAUUAACAUGGAUGUUAUGGAGAGAAGGUAUAAUAUCUAAUCCCAAAAAUUAAGAAGCUAAAGAUAAAGGUUAAUGGUAAUUAUCUCCUUUAUGGGAAGAAGUUCUUUUAGAAAAUGGAAAAAAAUUAUAUAUGAAUACAUUUACUGGUAAAAUCACAGAUGAAUUUUAAUCUUAUAAUUCUACUAAAGGAGGAAUUCUUGCAGAUGAAAUGGGAUUAGGUAAAACUAUUAUGACUUUGGCUUUGAUUUUGUAAACUUAAAAAAAAGGAAGAGUUACAUUAAUAAUAGUUCCAAAAUCUGUUUUAUUAUAAUGGUAAGCUGAAAUUAAAAAACAUUCUUAACCUAAUAGUCUUUAAGUUUUGAUAUUUUAUAAAAUGUCAAGUAGAAAUAAGAAAAUUGAUUUCUCUAAUUAUGAUGUUAUUUUGACAACAUAUACUGUUUUAGCAUAGAAUUAUUCUAAUUGGCUUAAGGAAAAUGGAUUAGAAGAUACUGAAAUAUAUUAAAAAGUAAGGAAUAGACCAGAUAAUGAAUAUAAAGAAUAAAAAGAAUAUAAAGAAUAUAAAGAUUUAAAAGAUUUAAAAGAAUCUAAAAUUAGUAAUGAUACUUAAAUUUUAAAUGAUAGUUUUGAAAUUGAAUUAGAUUCUUAAGAUUUUUGUUAGAAUUAUGAUUAAAGUGAAGAAUUCAAAUCUAUUUUUGAUUUAAAAUCAUCUAAAUCUGAAAAAUCUAAAUUCUUUGGGGAAUCAAAAGAAAUAAGUUUAAAUAAUAAUGAAUGUAGUACAAAAACAAAGAAAAAUAAUUAAGGGAAAGUCCCUAAUUUAUUUGAUUUUAACUAUUAUAGAGUUAUAUUAGAUGAAGCUCAUAAUAUAAAAACUAAAAAUACUUUAUAAACAAGAAGUGCUAUGGCUUUAAAAAGUGAAUGUCGAUGGUGUUUAACUGGUACCCCAAUUUAAAAUAAACAUGACGAUUUAUUUAGUUUAUUAUCAUUUUUGAGAGUAGAAACAUUUGGUGAAUAGUAUAUUAUUUAUUUUUAUAUUUCAUAGUUAUUGGUGGAAUGCUUACAUUAAUAAAGAAGAAAAUGAAGAAGAACAACAAUGUAUCUUGGGAGAGAUAAUCAAACCAAUUAUUCUAAGAAGAACGAAAUAAUAAUUGAAUAAUCAAAAUUAAUUACAAAUAAAUGAAUCUAUUUGUUGGGUUAAAUUAGAAAAUAAGGAAAGAGCACUUUAUGAUAAAUUUUUUGAGGGAACUUAAUAAUUAUUUAAAGUCUAUUUAAAUUCUGAAAAAAGCAGACAAUUUGUCCAUAUCUUUCAAAUCAUAAAUAAAUUAAGAAUGACUUGUGAUCAUCCUUCAAUAGCUUUAAAAGGAAUUAAUUUAGAUACAAAUUCUAUUGAUGAAAUUAAAUAUUGUAUAGAAAACUUUUUUGCCAAAUAAAAAUCAAAUGAUUAAGAUAUUUCUGAUAAAUAAAGAUAAUCAUUAAUUGAUCUAAUAUAAAGAGGUAAUUUAAAUGACUGUACACUUUGUUCUGAAGAUGGGAUUACUACAUUUGAUAUAUCUAUAUGUGGGCAUGUCUAUUGUCAUAAGUAUCAUUUAUUUUAUAAUGUUUUAGUUGUUUCAAAGAAGUUAUUGAAACCCUUGGAGAAUGUCCAACCUGUUCUAAAAGAUUAACUUUAAAAGACAUUAUGAGUGUGUAGAGUAAUUCUAUUGAAGUAUAAGAAAUCAAAUAAACAAAAUGGGGACCUAGUAGUAAAAUGCUUGCUGUUGUUAAUGAAACCAAAAAGGUUCAAAUCAAAAGAGAAAAAUGUCUUAUCUUCACCUAAUGGAUAGAAAUGAUUAGAUUACUAGAAGAAAAAUUUCUAGAGGAAGAGAUUUGGUGUUAAGUAGUUACAGGAGCUAUGUCUGUAGAAUAAAGAAAUAAAGUUAUUUAAUCAUUUGAAUAGCAUCCUGCUUUUACUGCUUUAAUAUUAUCUUUAAGGGCAACAUCCACUGGAUUAAAUUUAACAAUGGCUAAUCAUGUUUUCUUAGUUGAUCCUUGGUGGAAUGUAUUUUAUCUAAUUUUAUUUUUAGCCAGCUAUUGAAGAUCAAGCUAUUGGGAGAGCUGAUAGAAUUGGAUAAAAGAAAUAAGUAAAUGUAAUUAGAUUUCUGUGUGCAAAUACAAUUGAAGAAAAAAUUAAUUUGUUGCAUUAGAAGAAAAAGAAAAUGAUAAGGAAAGUCAUAGCAAAUGAUUAAAAAAAAUCUUAAGAUAUAGAUGACUUUAAGUUUUUAAUAUUUGAAUAACCAAAUAUGAUCUGA